AUGCCUCCUUCGCCGACUAUGGAGGCGCUUCCUUCUGUCGAGGGGUCGAUGGUUGGUGUUAAGGAUACCCAUGAGGGCGGGCAAACGCGUGAACUUGAUGUUGAGCAGACUGCUCCUCAAAUCGAAACUGAGGAACCCACCGCAGAGAAGGAGCAGGCAUCCAGGUCUGGGACUCCUAAGGGUGCUGGAUUUUCCGGUGUGGUCGAUUCCGCCGUCGUUGCUGCUGCAAAGGAAAUUGAGCAACGCAAGGGAUCUGAUAAUAAGGAAAAUCAGGACCCUACUUUGCCAGCUGACAAGGAGGUAUCCGAUUCAAUUUCCGAGCAGCCAGAAGCUCUUGUCGAGAUCUCCAGUGCUCCAGGUGCAUUCCCUGGCUUCGCGGAUGUAGUGAAUGCUGCCGUCAGCGCUGAGUCAGCACAGGAGAAGGGCCCAGAUGAGGAGAUCGGCGAGCCUGGUACUGCCGUCGAGGAGCAAUCUGCCAAGCCUUUUGAGCCUGCUGUUGAAGAAGCAGCUAAAGAUAUUCUCGAGCCCGUCGAGGAGCCCAGCGAGCCUGUUCAAGAUCCACCGGCCGAGGAACCAAUCACUGAGGAACCGGCAGCAACUAAAAAUACGAAGGGCAAGAAGGAUCAAGCCAGUGAAAGUGUCGACUUGACUUCUGAGCCUGCUCCGGCCGAACAAAAGGUUCCAGAGCCUGAGACCGAAGACCAAUAUUGUUCCAUUGAGCCUGAAGCUUUGUCUGCUCCUGUGAAAGAUGCUCCCGCUCAGCCUCAGCUGGAAAGCGAACCGGCUGAAUUGUCGCAGGAACUCGAUGUCGAACCUGUUCCUACUGCCGAGCUUGUUUCUACUGUUGAGCCAGAUUCCUCUGUCCCCGAACCUAUGCCAGAGAUCGGAGCUGCUUCUACCGAGCCUGUCAAAUCUGUUUCUGCCGAGGCUGCUCCCGCUGAAGCUACCGCUGAUGCCACACUGGAACAAGCUGCUGAAGAGGCUCAGGAGAAGCCUGCUGAAACUGGUCAAGAGCCGGAGUCUAUUCCUGCCAUAGAGGCUGAGUCUACAAAGGAGGUUCCGCAGGAUGUCACUGUUUCCGAGACACCUGCGCCUACUGAGGCUUCCCCUGAUGCUCAAAAAACUCGAGAAAUUACCGAGCCCGCAGGGUCAGUGUCUGUCCAGACUCCCCAGGAAGAUACCGCUGCUGUGACCGCGCCCGAGGCUACCGCCGAUGACUCGAGCAAGGCUACUGAGGAGCCCACUGAAGCUCCUACAACCGAGACCCACGAAAUCGAAGAGCCAGAAUUUACCUUUACCGAAGCGCAGGAAUCUCAGCUACAAGAUGUCGCAGUCCCUCCGGCAUCGACAGAGAGAACCGCCGAGUCAGACGAAGACAUGUUCCACGAGACUGUCCAGGAACAGCCUGAGCCUACGGUGACAGAAGAGAAGAAGAUCCCGACAGAGCAAGAACAACGUGUUGAUGUUCUAGCAGAAAAAGCCAAGCCUGAAGAGGUUGAUGAAUCAGGUUCGAAGAAGGACGAAAAUAACGAAAAGAAAAAGAAGAAGAAGAAGAAGAAGAAAAACAACAAAAAUUCUGUUGCUGAGGAGACUGAUGUUCCUUCUGGGAUUGUUGAUUCCAAGCCUGAGGUGCAGCAAGAGCCUGAGACUGCUCCCGAGUCGGUGCAGGUUGCUGAAGAUGUUAAGCCCGAAGAAGGUGCUUCUGUUGAACCUGUUGAUACACAAUAUGUUCCGACCGGCGAGCCUCAGCCUGAGUCUGAGCAGCUUGCUAAGGAUAUUUCUGAACCUGCUGCUGUUGAUGAGGUUCUUGCUGUUCAAGAACCUGAGCCCAUUGAGCCAGCCGAGGAAUCUCGUGAACUGCCCCCUGCUGAGCCCAAAGCUAAGACCGAGGUCGAGCCUGAGGUGCCUAGGACUGCGACGCAACGGAAGAAGGACAAGCAGAGCGUUUCUUCUGUUUCCCAAGAGGAGAAGCCUGUCGAGCCUCAACCUUCUGAGUCUGCUGAUGCCCAGCCCGCUGAGUCAAUCGAAGCUGUCGAAUCCACCGAGUCUGCUCCCACCAAAUCUACAGAGCCAACUGAAUCUGCUGAGCCCACUGUCGAAACCGAUCCUGUUGCGGACGAAGCCAAGGAAAUUGAGCCUGCACCCGAAGCACCGGCAGGAGAUAUUGCCACUUCAGAAGUAAAGAAUGAUUCUGAACCCGAGCCCGAGCAGCCAAAGGAACAAGAGCAGGUGCAGGUGUCUGCCGUCGAAGAAGCUCCCGCUGAGGCAGCUCCAGCCGGGAAAGACGACUCCGAGCCCGUCCAGGAGCAGUCCGAAGCACGUCUGGACAAGCCCGCUAAAAUUAUGACAGCAGCUGAAAGAAAGAAGGCCAAGAAGGCCAGGAAGAAGCAGCAGAAGCAACAAGAAAGCAUCAGCUCUACCACUGAAGAAGCACAAGCCGCUGAUAAUGCGCCCAUGCCUGAAACCGAUGCCGCCCAGGAUGCUGAAGCCGUUCCCGAGGCCGAUGCACCUGUGGCAGAUGAGCCUGUUGAGGCUAGCAAGGAAAUUGAGUCCGUGACUGAAGCUCCUGUCGCCGAGACUUCCCCGCCCGAAGCCGAGACUACAUCUGCUGAGAUUCCUGCUGAUGUCCCCGCUUCUUCUGAAGAGACUUCUGCUGAUAUUCCUCCUACUUCUGAAACUCCUGCUCCAAUUGAAGCUCCUAUUGAAGCUCCUCAAGAGGAAAAGAAGGAUAAAACUCCAGCACAUGAAGAGGCACCCGCUGAAGUUCCUGCCACUGAGACCAUUCCUGAAGCUACGACGCCUCAUGAGGUUCCCGAGACUCCUGACGCAGAGCCCAAACAUGAACUCCCCUUUGCUGCGCAAAAGAAAAUGUCGAAGAAGGACAAGAAGGACAAGAAGAAGCGGCAGUCUGUUGUUGAAGAGGAGCCUGCGCCGACAUCUGAAUCUACUCCCACUGAGCAGGAGGCUGCGCCUGUUGCUCUUACAGAGACUACUGUCGAACCGGAGGUUCAACCUGAGGCCGAGGCCGAAUCAAAGGAGAAAGAAAUUGAUACUCCCGCCGAGCCCUCGACAGAUGAUAGAGCUCCCCCAGCAGAGCCCGUGACUGAAGAGUCAGCAGAGGCCACGCCAGCCGAUACCACUGCUCCCGCAAAUGUUCCUUCAGAAGAGUCUCAAGUCCCUGCUGAGGAGUCUUCCCUAGAAAAGUCUCUUGACGACAAGCCCGAAGAAGAAAAGACUGUCCCUGAGCCUUCUCCCGAAGAAACAGCCAAGUCCGAGGAGCAGGCAGAAUCAGCGCCGGUUCAAGAGCCUGAGGUGCCUUCCGUUGGAAGCCCUCCAGCAGAAGAGCCUGAGACAACUUCUUCUAAGAAGAAGAAAAAGAAGAAGAAAAAGAACCAGUCUCUUUCCGAAGAGCCUGUGUCUGAAGCUAGCAAGGAGGAAUCUGCCGAACCUACCUCUGUGCCAGCUGCCGAGCCUGCUACAGAGUCUCCUACUGAGCCUCCUGCCUCUGAGACUGUCACUGCGUCUCCAACCGAGCCCCCUGCUUCCGAGCCCGCAGCCGAAAACGUUGAAGAACCUGUGUCUAACGAAAAUAUGGAGCCUUCUACUGCCACAGAAGAUGUGCAGAAGCCUGAAGAACCUGCACCUGAAAAAGGACCCAAAGAUGACACUGCUGAACAACCAGUCGGCCAGGCUGAGCUUGGCCCUAGGACUGCUGCGCAGAAGAAGAAGGACAAGAAGAAAAAGAGGAAGAAGGAGGAGGAGACCCGCAAUUCCGUGGAUUUUGAAGAGAAGUCUGCACCCCAAGUGGAGGCUCAGCCUGAGGAGGCUGCUGCUCUUACUGAGGCUGUUAAAUCAGAAACUGUGCCAGCGGCUGAGGAUGCCCCGACUCAAGAAACAAUCGAGACUCCUGCAGAGGGUCAGACUGUCGAGGAGCCUGUUGCUGAGAAGGCUCCGGAAACCGAGGUCUCCGCCACUGAGGAAGAUACUCCUAAAGAAACUGCCGAGUCUACUGUUGAAACUACUGAAACUCCAACUGAGGAUGUUUCUAAGGAAGUGGGGGCCGAGUCUGCCGCUCCUCUCCAGGCCGAGGAGCAGCCUGAACCUUCAACUGAAUCGACAGUCCCUGAAGACAAGCCAGCUGAAAGUGUCGAAUCUCCUGAGCCAGACCUAUCAGGCCUGUCCGCCAAGGAGCGCCGCAAGCUUAAGGCAAAGCAGAAGAAAAAGAAGGGCAACUCUGUUGACUUUACUGGAGAAGAGCUUUCUACUUCUAAAGAAGCUCCCAAGGACGUUGGGCCAGAAACCGACAAAGCCGACGAGGCUCCAGACUCCACCGAAGAAAAUGUCGAUGCGCCUCAAAUAGAAGAGGCUGCGGAGGCACAGCCUGUUGAAGAACAGCCUGUUGAAGGACAGCCUGUUGAAGAACAGCCUGCUGAAGAACAGCCUGUUGAAGGACAGCCUGCUGAAGAACAGCCUGCUGAAGAACAGCCUGCUGAAGGACAGCCUGUUGAAGAACAGCCUGCUGAAGAACAGCCUGCUGAAGAACAGCCUGCUGAAGAACAGCCUGCUGAAGGACAGCCUGCUGAAGAACAGCCUGCUGAAGCACAGCCUGCUGAAGCACAGCCUGCUGAAGCACAGCCUGCUGAAGCACAGCCUGCUGAAGAGGAGACGGAUGCUAAGACUGAUACCCCCGAGACCGAUCAGCCCGCGGAACCUGAAGCGACCACCGAGACCGACAAGCCUGUUACGACCGACGCCGCCGAGUCUACCGAAACACCAGUCGAGCCGAAACCGUCCGAGCCUGCGACUCCGGAAAACGAGACUGCCAUGUCAGCCAAGGAAAAGCGCAAGCUAAAGAAAAAGAAAAAGCGCCAAUCCAAAAACCUCGACACUGAUGACACGACAACCGCCGAGCCCGCCGAGCAAUCCACCGAAAAUACACGGGAGACCUCUACACCCGUAACGGCACCCUCGCCUGCGGAGCAUGACGGUAAAGAUCAUCAGUCCCACGACGUAGAGACGCCCGACGUGCCGGCAAUUGAGAAGGCUUCGACUGAUGAAUUCGUGUUUUCGCAGGUAGAGCAGCCGCAGAUAGAGAGUCGUUCUUCAGAUUAUCCUCCCCAGCCCGUGCUUGAGCGUUCUGAGUUUGGCGAGAGGGAACGUGAAAUGAAGGAGGGGGAUGAGCCUGCAGUUGAGCCUGCAGUUGAGCCUGCAGCUGAGCCGGAGGCUGUUGAGAAAUCGGAUGAAGUUGUUGAGAGUGAGAUGAAUGAAAAUAUUGCUGAUGUUGUGCCUGUUGUUGAAGAGAAACAGGAGGAAGUUGUUGAGCCUGUGACCUUGGACGAGGAUCCUCCCAAGGAAGAGCAAAUUGGUGAAAAAGAGGUGGUCCCCGAGCCACCAGUCGAUAUCCCCCCUGCGGCUAUCAAUACUCUCGUUGAGCAAGAACCAUCUGUUGAAGCAGAGCCGGACUUGUCCAAGAAGCAAAAAAAGAAAGACAAAAAGGGGACGCAAAAGCAGGAGGUUCAACCAGAAGAGACCCCUGCUGAGCCUGAGCCAGAGCCAGAGCCCUUGGCUAAGAUCGAGCAGCCUGAAAUCGAGCCUGUCACCGAGGAACAGGAAAAGACCAUUGCUGAGCCUGAGCCGGUUGCAGAGCAAGAUACUGAACCUGUUGUUGAAGAGCAAGUUCAACCAACCAAAGAGUCUCAACCAUCUAAAGAGACCGAGCCUUCCAAGGAAAAGAAGGAAGCUGCUGCUGCUGCUGCCGCCUCCGAGGCAGAGAAGCAGGGAGCAGCAUUGCCAGAGACGGUCGAAGAGCCUGCUGUCCAGGCUGCUGCCGAUGCCCCUGCCCCCGAUGACCAGCAAGAGGUUCAACCGUCAACUGACAUUACUGAACCUGAACAACAACCAUCCGAUGUCAUCGACGACAGCCCCAAGGACGCUCAGCAGGGUUCGAUCGAAGAGCAGCCCGCUGCUAUCGAGGACAUCAAAGAGCAUGUCGAUGCCAACAUUCACUCUGAACAAACUACAGAGGAGGCCGAUCCUGCCCUGGCUACUGCUACGGAAAUUGCUAUCGAAGUUCCGUCUGCGGAAGCCCCUGAGCAAGCUCCUGGGGAGACUGUGGCUGCGCCUGAAGAGGAGCGGCCUACUGUAUCUAAGAAGAAGAGCAAGAAGAAGAAGAGAGAGGCUGCUGCUGCUGCUGCUGCUGCUGCUGCUGCUGCUGCGCUAGAAAGCGAGAAGCCGUCUGAGCCGGAACCUACUGUUGAAGAACCUGCACCUGAACCAGUCGCAAAGGUUCCAAGUACAGAUGUUUCUGUGGAGGAUAAGCAGGUUGAGGUUGAACAAGAAGUCCCCAGUGAGGAACCUGAGCCAAUUGAGAAGGGGAUCACUGAGGAAGCUGCCCCUUCGCCUGAGCCUACCGAAAAUGUCACUGAGCAGCCCGCUGAGCCUGAGCAUGCGGAGCCAGCUGAGAAGGAUGUCAUUGAGGAAUCUGGUCCCGUAACAACUGCACCCACCGAAAUUGUCACCGAGCGGCUCGCCGAGCCCGAGCAGCCAUUUGAUACUCCUGCUGAGCCUGGACCUGUGGCAGAAAUGCCUGCCGAGCCUGUCCAAGUCGAGAUUCCCGCGACCCCUGAGGUAACUGGUGAAAAAUCAAAGGAAAUUGCACCAGAGCCUGAAGUUGAGCCCACCGCCGAAACAUCAACAGAGACUCAAGUAGUUCCCGAGGACCCACAAGAACAGCUUCACACUCCCAGUACGACUAAGCCCAAGAAUUCAGAGGAAGCGGAGGCUGACAAGGAGAAUGUUGUUUCACUGGAUCCAUUCGACGCCCCUUCGCCUGCACGGGAGAAGGAUCAAGAUGUUCCCGUCGAACAAGCUACUGAGGAUGUUCCAGUUGAAGCUAUUACUCCUGAACAACAAGAACAGCAAAAGGAGGAAGAGGCUAAGCUUCGCAGCACCGCGCUUGAGAAGGAAGCAGAUCUUGAAGUCGCUGGUGAUAUGUUCGAAGAUCGACCUCAGGAACCCGAAGCGAAGAAGUUGUCGAAGAAGGAAAAGCGCAGGGCUAAGAAGAAGGGUGUUCUUGAGGAGAGUGUCGAGCUGGAACAGCCAGAGCCAGAGACUUCAACUGUCAUUGACGAAGAACCCCAGCCUGUUCCGACUCCUGCAGAACUCGAAUCUGCCGGGCCUGAGGCUCCAGUUGAAGCCGAGUCAACAAAAGAGCUGGAGCCAGAGGUGGAUGGCCCAAAGGAAGUUGAGCCUGCUACCGAGUCUCAGCCUGCUCUCGAGCCAGCUGAAGCCGAGACUGCCGCUGUCCCCGAGCCAGCCGAAGAAGAAGCACCGCUCUCUCGCAAGGCUUCCAAAAAGAAAGCAAAAAAGGCCAAGAAAGCCGCCGAAGCCAAAGCCUUGCUAGAAUCCCCAGCUCAGGAGCAACAGGGUCUGGGAAUCUCUCCUGGUCCAGAAGAAUCAACUCGUGAGGAGGAAGUUCCUGAAUUUACUACAAAUAGAAAGCAAGAGGAAGCAAAGCCAGAAGAAGAUGAAUUUCCUGCGAUUGAAUGGGAUGGCAAGACCGACAAGCCCGAAUCCUUGCCUGAGGCCCCCGAGCCUGAGGUCAAGAUCCCCGAGCCCGUGCCCCAGACCAUCGAGGCAUACGAUGAGUCUGCCAUUCCUGCUGGUUUGCAAGAGGUCGCCAAGGAUUCGGAGUCCGCCGAAGACUUUUCUCUGCCAUUGAGCAAAAAGGACAAGAAAAAGGCCAAGAAGAACAAGAGAAAGUCCGAACAAGCCGCUCUGGCCAACACCGAGACCGCCGACGAGUCAUCCCACAAGAAACUCGAACUGGCCGAGCCCCAGCCCCAGCCUGAAUCCUUGCUGGAAUCUGCCAACAAAGAGAUCGAAACUGAGCCACCCGCACGCACUACAACUCCCGGUGGCUCCAAGAUCGCGAAUCUCUUUCCCGGCCUCGAGCGUGGUGGAUUCAAGCGAUCGGCGCUGAACAAAACCCCGUCGCCAAAAGAUAGUGCUGAGGAAGAGAUUGUGGACCAGGAAGCUGAUCGUGAACUCACGAUCCCCAUCUCGGAAGCACCCCAAGCGACCCCCGAAGCCAGCCGUGAGCUGUCCAUCCCAGAUGCAGAUGCAGCGCCAACCGCCGAGGAGGCCCCCGAGGCCAUUGCGAAGGAACUCCAGAUGGACGAGCCAAACCUUCCCAUUGCUGAAGAUAGCGUACACGCACCUGCCACCAAAGAACGGUCGUCUCUACUGUUCGACUCGUCGCCGUCUACGCGCACCGAGGAGGCCUCUACGCCCCGGCGUCUACUGCCGUCGCAAAUGGAAGGUCCGGACGACUCGGCCUGUGAGUUGCGCCGCACGCCCUCCGUGAUCCAUGGCCGACACCAGCAGACUCCCCGGACCUGGAGUCUGGACGAAGGAUCUAUUCCCGCCACCAGUGGUCCUUCGCCGCCACGCUCCCUCUUCGGCGGCCCCUUCGAGCAGGACUCGCUCUCCCGCCCGCGGACUCCACUGGAUCCCAUUGCGGAGCAGGAACCAGACGCAACCACGGCUCCGUACGGGACGCCCCGUCUGGAGAUCAAGCCCGAACAUGUCCUGCCUCGCCCGGUGACGCCGGUGCGCAAGUUCACGGACAAUGCGUUGGCGCGGGAGCGAUGGCCCACGCCAGAGAAUGAGAGUGCCAGCAAGAGUGACAGUAGCAAAAGUGCGUCGCGAUCUCCGCUGAAAACGCCCGAGCAAGGCAUGCCCAUCCUGCGGCCCAGCGACAGCAAGGGCACGCUGCGUCGCACGAAGCGCAGCACGAGCAGCGACCUGCGGGCGGCGAGUCGGGCGCUAGACUCCCAGCCUCCCAAUCUCGAUCUCCACCAGCUUCCCUCUUCUUCCUCCUACGACCCCGUCCAUGACAAGGGCAAGCAGCCCCUCCGGAACAUGGAUGUCUACGAGGGCUGGGGUGAGACGCCCAACUCCCCGCGGUCGCCCAGCCGACCACCGAGUGUCCGUCGCCGCCGCAGCAUGCAACAACUCCAGGACAUGGAGACUCGCCUCGACCAGCUCAUCUCCGAGAACCGUCUGUUGAUCGCCGCCCGCGAUGAAGCCGAGGAUAAAUUGCGCAAUGCCAGCGUCGCCCGCCGGAAGAGCGACCGAGCGCUCAACUCCAGUGGCGCCGAUCUGAGAGAUCGCGAGGCCGAGGUCGAGCAGCUCAAGAGCUCAGUGGACUGGUUCCAGAAAGAGAUGAGCCGUCUGACCCAGGAGAAUGAGGGGCUUACAGCGUCCAAUGCUGCCCUCGCUGCCGCCCACGCUGCCGAAGUCACCACCGUGCGCGAAUCGUCCACCCGCGAACUCGACGACCUGCGGUCGCAACACGAUGCGCUCUCGUCGCAGAUGGAAGACCGAGUCCGACAAGAGAUCGAGUCGGCCCUCGCCCAAAAGGACGCCGAGCUGCGACGCCUGCGCGCCGAACUAGAGGAGGCCCGCGAUAAAGUCAAGGAGCUCCAGCAGCAGAUCGCCUCGUCGGUCAAUGACAAUGCCCUUGUCUUCCGCGAUGAAGAUUACUUCGACGCGGCGUGCCAGAAGCUCUGUGGUCACGUCCAGCAAUGGGUGCUGCGCUUCUCUAAGCAUUCUGACCACCGUCGCUGCCGCCCGCUGAGCGACCUGCACGACGAGAAGAUGGCCGACCGUUUCGAAAACGCCCUCCUCGAUGGCUCCGACGCUGAUGCCUAUCUCUCUGACCGUGUCCGCCGUCGUGAUGUCUUCAUGUCGGUGGUCAUGACCAUGGUGUGGGAGUACAUCUUCACCCGCUACCUUUUCGGCAUGGACCGAGAACAGCGCCAGAAACUCAAGUCGCUCGAGAAACAAUUAGGCGAGGUCGGUCCCCGACGUGCAGUCCACCGCUGGCGCGCCACCACCUUGACCCUCCUGUCGCGACGACCGGCCUUUGCCUCCCAGCGCCAAAGCGACACCGAAGCCGUCGCUCUUGAGAUCUUCGGCACCCUCUCCCGCAUUCUUCCUCCACCCUCCCAAGUCGAAGGCCAGCUCCUCGACUCCCUCCGCAAGGUCCUCCGCGUCGCCGUGAACUUGUCUCUGGAGAUGCGCACACAACUCGCCGAGUUCAUCAUGCUCCCGCCACUGCAGCCCGAGUACGACACCAACGGCGACCUCGCUCGACAAGUCUUCUUCAAUGCGUCUCUGAUGAACGAGCGCAGCGGCGAAACCACCUCCAACGACGAGCUAGAAUCCUCCCAGGCCGUUGUCCGCAUCGUCCUUUUCCCGCUUGUCGUCAAAAAGGGCAACGAUGUCGGCGAAGGCGACGACGAAGUCGUCGUCUGUCCCGCCCAAGUCCUCAUCGCCCGCCCCGGCAAGGACAAGCGUGUCUCCCGGAUGAUGAGUGGCGAUCGCAUGUCGAUCGAUGGAUCGCGCUCCGUGCACAGCGUCGCGCCUUCCAUGGCUCCUUCCAUGGCUCCUUCUACAAUGGACAUGAGUAAUGUGAUUUGA